CGUUACGUGCUUGGCCUCGCAAUAACUCGGAGCGCGCGCGCUUUCCUAAUAAUAUUGUCUAUGGUUGGUGAUUCCACGUUAUGAUACUAUAUAAACAAAUUCGUUCGAACUAUUAAACUAAAAUUAGUCGAAUUUCGCCCCGCUUUCUCAUCUCUAUCGAAGUACAAGAAUUCUAUAGAAGUAAUCGAAAUGGUUAAAUACGCAAUUGACUGUGAAAUGGUUGCGAGUGGAAACCGUAGUAUUUUGGCAAGGGUCUCCGUGGUUAAUGAAUAUGGAGGCGUUAUUCUAGAUGAAUACGCGAAGCCUACAGCACCCGUGACUGACUAUAGGUCGUGCGUCUCUGGCGUUAAACGUAGAGAUUUGGAAAACGCGAGCGACUUCUCGGCAGUGCAGCGCAAGGUACUGGCAUUGAUCAAUGGGUCAAUCUUGAUCGGCCACUCGCUGCAUUUUGAUCUUGACGCUCUGCAGUUGACCCAUCCAGAGCACAAUCGACGCGACUUGGCCAAAUACGAGCCAUUUAAAAGGUUAAAUAACGGGCAACCGCCGUCGCUACAAUUCCUGGCGAAACGUUAUCUGGGAAGAAACAUACAAGUUGACAAACACGACUCUGUGGAAGACGCAAAGGCUUGCAUGGACAUCUAUCGGCAAGUCUCAAGUCAAUGGAGAUAACUUAAAGACUACUAAAUACCUACUUUCAUCAUCGUCAUCAUAAUUUCAACCAAUUAUAGAGUACCACAAACCACGGUCCUGGGCCGCUUGCCUCUAGCGGCUCCCAGCGACUAGUCUAAUGUCGACUGUCAACCUCGUUCGGGGCCGACCUACGCUGCGUUUACUGGUGCGGGGUCGCUAUUCCAGCACCUUAAGACCCCAACGUCCAUCGGUUCUCAGCUAUGAGCCAUUGCCAUUUCCUACUUCAAUAAGAACAUCACAAUUGGGCACAAUUUCAGUAGGAAUUACUUAUGUUAUCACUUAUCCAGUGUGUUAUUUUUUCAUAUGGAGGAGCUAUCUUUAAGGUUACCCACAUAAUAAUUUUGACCUUAUUAUUAUUAUACUUAUUAAAAGUAUAAUAAUAAUAAUACAAAUGUCUGCUAAUUUAUUCAGUACAAUAAAUUUUUCUAGCUUA